UAUCUUCGGAGGAACUUAUAAAAGGCCCGAAGGCCUUGCCAACAGACCUCCAAGAAAAAAGAGAAAAACGCACACCAAUACCGACCAAGCAACCUAGUCCAUACAUCAAGGCUAUCAUCCAUGGCUAACCCUAUCUCUCUCCCUCUCCAAGAGAAAAUUCCACGAAAAAACACUCUCCAAAGGCUCUCUGAUCUUCUCGUCUUCGUCCUCCUCCUCUCACUUCUUCUCUAUCGUUUCCUCCGCCUCCACGCCCAUGGAUUCGUUUGGCGCCUUGCUUUCCUAUGCGAGUCUUGGUUCACCUUCAUUUGGAUCUUGACCGUUAAUGCGAAAUGGAAUAUUGUGGAUUACAAAACAUACCCCCAACGUCUCCUACAGAGGUUUCCAGAUCCUCCUGCAGUGGACAUGUUUGUCACCACCGCAGACUGCUUGCUCGAACCGCCAAUCAUCACCGUCAAUACUGUGCUAUCGUUGCUGGCCGUUGAUUAUCCACCUAACAAGCUUUCUUGCUACGUGUCGGACGAUGGCUGCUCUCCCAUCACCUUCUACUCUUUGAUGGAAGCUUCCAACUUUGCAAAGCUAUGGGUCCCAUUUUGUAGGAAGUAUGAUGUUCAAGUGAGAGCUCCAGCCAUUUAUUUCUCGACAGAACCUCAGAUUCUUCCCGAGCAUCCGUCCGAAUUCUUGUAUGAAUGGCGUGAAAUGAAGGAAGAAUAUGAAGAGCUGAGCAGGAAAAUCGCAGAUGCAGUUGAAAAUUCCGUUCCAUGUCAUGCACGUGAUGACUACGCAGAUUUCUGGAAUAUAGAACGGGCAAACCACCCAAGUAUAGUUAAGGUGAUAUGGGAGAACAAGGAAAGCCAUUCAAAUGGUCUGCCACAUCUGAUCUACCUAGCGAGAGAGAAGCGGCCAAAGAUCCCACGUAACUUCAAAGCAGGAGCCAUGAAUAUUCUGACACGAGUCUCGGGAGUGAUGACAAAUGCCCCAUUCAUACUGAAUGUGGACUGUGACAUGUUUGCAAACAAUCCACACAUCGUUCUUCAUGCAAUGUGCCUCCUCCUAGGGUUCGAGAAGGAAAGAGAAAGUGGGUUCGUGCAAUCUCCACAACUAUUCCAUGGGGUUCUCAAGGAUGAUCCUUUUGGAAAUCAAGGUUUGCUGGUCUUGCAAAAAAUAAUAUCUCAUGGAAUUGCGGGGAUUCAAGGCCCUUUAUAUGGAGGGACAGGAUGCUUUCACAGAAGAAAAAUUAUAUAUGGGUCACAUCCUGAGGAUGAGGACAAUAACAGAUUGAAGUUAACUUUGAUGAAUGCUAAUUUACACAAAGAUGCUCUACAAAGAAGAUACGGAUGCUCGACAGAAUUUUUGAAGUCUGUUACUCGAAUAAUGUUGGGAAGAAAUGAAGAGGUGACUAGAGACGGAGAUCUUUCCAGUACUCUUGAGGUUGCUAAAGAGGUUGCUGGAUGCAGCUAUGAGCACAGCACUAGCUGGGGCAGUGAGGUAGGAUUGAUGUAUGGAUGUGCGACUGAAGACGUCCUCACUGGAGCUAAGAUCCACUCAAUGGGUUGGUCAUCCGUCUACUGUACACCGGACCCACCUGCGUUUCUAGGAGCCGCAGCCUCUAGCGGACCUGAUUACAUCACGCAGCAGAAGAGGUGGGCCACGGGCCUUCUAGAAAUUCUUAUUGGGAAACAUAGCCCCAUCCUUGGUACACUAAACAAGAAGCUCCGGUUCCGACAAUGCAUGGCCUACAUGGUCCCAUGCAUAUGGGCCGUACGUUCUCUUCCGGAGUUAUGUUACUCUAUGCUCCCUGCAAUUUCUCUCCUCACCCACACAUCUUUUUUGCCAAAGGUAUCAGAACCAGCAAUGUGGGUCCCUGCUAUUCUUUUCGUCUUCUACAAUCUCUAUAAUUUGGUAGAGUUCCGAAACUGUGGUCUAUCAAUUCACGAAUGGUGGAACAACCAGAGAAUGAGAAGGAUAACCUCAGCGAGUUCAUGGUUGUUUGCUGUCCUAAGCGUCCUUCUCAAGCUCCCAGGCUUAUCACAGACCAUCUUUGAAGUAACGCGAAAAGACCAAAAUGCCCCUGACUCCGACAGUGAUGCAAAUGCAGGAAGGUUCACCUUCGACUCUUCGCCGCUCUUCCUCCCCAGCACAACCAUCGUGUUUGUUCACAUGACAGCACUUGUUGUAGCAUUGAUUGGGGUGUGGACACCAAUCUUUGAAGGGUCCAGAUCAGGGCUUGGGGAGAUGGUUUGCAGCGUGUGGGUGGUGCUCAACUUCUUACCCUUUUUGAAGGGGCUUUUUGGGAAAGAACAGUAUGGGAUUCCUUGGCCCACUGUAUACAGGGCUGCAGCAUUAGCGUACAUCACCGUUCAUUGGUGCAUUAAGGGUAGGUUUCUCUAAGCCAACGAAAUGUUCACAUACAAGAGUUGCAGGUGAACUUUCACAUAUAGCACUUUCUUUCCUGCUAAAUUGUCACUUUCCCCGAACAUCUGAGCCGUUAAAAUGUUGCUCUGCGCCAUAAAGAUCACUUGGUGCAAAAACCCAAUUAAUCAGUAAACUAGAUGCAUUGUACUUUAAGACUAUCUAUUGCCAAUGAUUUAAAGUUUUAGCUUGCCGGCUUAAUGGACUACCAUGAUGGUUUCUCUAGGUGAUCUUUAUGGUGUGGCCCACCAUUUUUAAUGGCUCAGGUGUUCCCAAGUGACUUGGUGGUGGGAAAGAUCACAUUGUAUGUGAACAAACAUUUGUCAAUAUAUUUCGGACAUGGAUUGAUUGCCACACGCCAUGAAUCAUGUAUUAAAAUUGAUUGAAUUCCUUGUUUGAAAUGAUGAAUAUAUGGUCUAUGUGUGA